AUGGGUCAAUCAGUUACCACCCCUAAAAGUCUGACUCUACAGCACUUCAAGGAGGUCCGGAGCAUCGCCAACAACCUCUCGGUGGAGGUCCGGAAAGGAAAAUGGGACACCUUUUGCUCCUCUGAGUGGCCGAUGUUUAAUGUAGGAUGGCCACGAGAUGGCACCUUCAACCUAGACAUUAUUUUGCAGGUCAAAAUGAAAGUCAUGGAUCCUGGGCCGCACGGGCACCCGGAUCAGGUCCCUUACGUCAUUACAUGAGAGUCCUUGGUCAAGGACCCCCCUCCCUGGGUAGAGCCUUUUCUCCCAACACGCUGUACCCCGCCUGUUCCUUCGGCCCCCCUAUUGCCAGUCUCCGCUCCUCGGCCCCAGUCUUCCUCCCUGUAUCCUAUCUUACAGAAGGAUUCCAAAGAUAACAGGACGAGGGGGCCUAGAGCCGCGGUUCUGCCCGCCGAGGACGGCCCCCUCAUAGAUCUUCUUUCUGAACAGCCUCCACCCUAUGGGGCGGCCCCCGCACCUUCGGCCCCUGUUCCCCAGCCCCAGGUUGCCCCCCCAGACCCGGCCCCGUCCCCGGUGGCCGGCCGACUGCGUAGCCGCCAGGAGGGGCUCCCAGAUAGCUCAUCUCAAGCUCUUCCUUUGAGAGCGGGGCCGGAUGACCGGCUGCAAUAUUGGCGGUUCUCCGCUUCGGACCUCUACAACUGGAGGAACAAUAACCCCUCCUUCUCUGAUGAUCCGUCCAAACUAACUGCUCUCAUUGAGUCCAUUCUAGUCACCCACCAGCCUACAUGGGAUGAUUGCCAGCAACUUCUUCAGACCCUCCUGACCACGGAGGAAAAGCAGCGGGUAGUCCUGGAAGCCCGCAAGAACGUUCCCGGGGACGACGGGCAACCGACCCAGCUCCCAGACCUCAUCGAAGGGGCGUUUCCUUUGACUCGCCCCACCUGGGAUUACUCCACCGUACGCGGUAGGGAACACCUACGUCUCUAUCGCCAGUUGCUCUUAGCGGGUCUCCGGGGGGCAGCUAGACGCCCCACCAAUUUGGCCCAGGUAAAGUCAGUCACCCAGACCCCAGAGGAGUCUCCCUCGGCGUUUCUAGAGAGACUUAAAGGGGCAUUCCGCAUGUACACGCCUUAUGAUCCAGAAGAUCCUGGGCAGGCAACCAACCUAGCUAUGUCCUUUAUUUGGCAGUCUGCCCCAGAUAUUAAAAAAAAACUAGAGAGACUCGAAAAUUUAAAGGAAAGCACGAUCCAGGACCUACUUAAGGAGGCAGAGAAAUUUUUCAACAAAAGGGAGACCCAGGAAGAGAGGGAUGAGAGAUUGAAAAAGGAGGCAGAGGAAAGGGAGAGCGCGCGGGAACGUAAGAGAAAUAGAGAGUUCAGUAGACUGUUGGCUACCGUGGUAACAGGGACAGGUCAGAGACAGGAUAGGCAGGGCCUGGGAGACCGAAGGAGGCCCAACCUGGACAAGGAUCAAUGUGCCUAUUGCAAGGAGAAAGGCCACUGGGCACGAGAUUGCCCCAAGAAACCUGGAGGACCUCGCCGGCCCCGACCCCGGGCCGAUAUCCUUAGCCUGGACGACUACGGGCGUCAGGGUCAGGAGCCCCCCCCUGAACCCAGGCUAACACUUAGAGUGGGGGGCCAACCGGUCACCUUCCUAGUGGACACAGGAGCACAGCAUUCAGUCCUGACGACCUCACCGGGUCCUCUCACCACUCGAUCCGCCUGGGUCCAGGGAGCCACCGGAGGAAAAAGAUAUCAGUGGACAACAGAGAGAUGGGUUGAACUCGCCACUGGUAAGGUACAUGUACCCUUCCUACAUGUACCCGACUGCCCAUACCCCCUCCUUGGCAGGGAUCUGCUCACCAAACUCAAAGCCCAGAUCCACUUCGAGGGAGGCCGCCCUCAGGUAUCGGGCCCUGGAGGCCGACCUCUACAUGUACUAACCCUUAACAUGGAGGAAGAGUAUCGGCUCCACGAGCCCGAACCUCAGGGCCCGGCCGACAUGGCGGACUGGUUAAGAAGGUUUCCCAGAGCCUGGGCGGAAUCAGGAGAAAUGGGUCUAGCGGCCCACCAACCCCCUAUAGUGGUCACCCUCAAGGCCUCCGCCACGCCGGUCUCCAUCAAACAAUACCCGAUGUCGCAUGAGGCCUAUCAAGGAAUUAGACCUCACAUUCGGAGGCUCCUCACAGGCAUUCUGGUACCUUGUCAGUCCCCCUGGAAUACACCUCUCCUUCCAGUCAAAAAGCCAGGGACAAAUGAUUAUCGCCCGGUACAGGACUUAAGAGAGGUCAAUAAAAGGGUGGAGGACAUACAUCCCACGGUGCCCAACCCGUAUAACUUGCUUACUGGACUCCCCGCAAGGUACCUCUGGUACACCGUGUUAGACCUUAAGGAUGCUUUCUUCUGCCUAAAACUCCACCCUCGGAGUCAGCCAAUUUUCGCCUUUGAAUGGAGGGAUCCAGAGUUGGGACUGUCGGGCCAGCUCACCUGGACCAGACUCCCACAGGGGUUUAAGAAUAGCCCCACCUUAUUUGAUGAGGUGUUACACCGGGACUUGGCUGAUUUCAAGGUUCAUCACCCUGCCUUAGUUCUGCUCCAAUAUGUGGAUGACCUCCUUUUGGCUGCAGAAACUGAGGAAGACUGUAAAAGGGGAACCGAGGCCCUCUUAGGAACUUUGGAGACCCUAGGGUAUCGGGCCUCAGCUAAAAAGGCCCAAAUCUGUCAAAGGCAGGUUACAUACUUGGGCUACCAGAUCAGUAAUGGACAGAGAUGGCUGACAGAGGCAAGGAAGCAAGCCAUCCUGCAAAUCCCAGAGCCCAAAAACCCAAGGCAAUUGAGGGAGUUCCUGGGCACUGCUGGGUUCUGCCGCCUUUGGAUUCCGGGGUUUGCAGAAAUGGCGGCCCCGCUUUAUCCACUCACCAAGCUGGGGACCCUCUUCACCUGGGGGGGUGAACAGCAGAGGGCCUAUGCAACCAUAAAGGAGGCCCUGCUAGCUUCCCCGGCGUUGGGGCUGCCGGACCUAAACAAGCCCUUUGAGCUAUUUGUGGACGAGAAACGGGGGUAUGCGAAAGGAGUCCUAACUCAAAAACUAGGACCAUGGAAGCGCCCAGUCGCCUAUUUGUCAAAAAGACUGGAUCCGGUGGCCUCGGGAUGGUCCCCUUGUUUGAGGAUGGUGGCAGCAAUCACCCUCCUGAUUAAAGACUCUGGCAAGCUGACUAUGGGACAGCCGAUAACAAUCCUGGCUCCUCACUCCGUGGAGGCCCUGGUCAGACAACCUCCGGGCCGAUGGCUCUCCAAUGCCUGCAUGACCCACUAUCAGGCUCUACUACUGGACACUGAUCGAGUGUUUUUCGGUCCCGUGGUAGCUCUUAACCCAGCAACCCUGCUUCCCCUACCAGAGGGCCCAGAGACUCAUGAUUGUCUCCAGAUACUUGCAGAGGUGCACGGCACCCGGCCUGAUCUGACCGACCAGCCUCUCCCCGACGCCGACUUCACCUGGUACACGGACGGAAGCAGUUUUGUGGACACUGGGGAACAAAGAGCAGGGGCUGCGGUUACCACAGAAUCUGAGGUAAUUUGAGCCAGCGCCCUCCCACCGGGCACUUCGGCACAACGGGCGAAACUCAUCGUCCUAACCCAGGCCCUCCGGAUGGCAAAAGGUAAAAAGCUCAACGUUUACACCGAUAGCCGCUAUGCCUUCGCCACUGCCCACAUCCAUGGGGAGAUUUACUGGAGGAGAGGGUUGCUUACCUCAGAGGGAAAACCGAUCAGAAAUAAGCCUGAAAUAUUGGCCCUACUGGAGGCGUUGUUUCUGCCCUCCAAACUAAGUAUCAUUCACUGCCCGGGCCAUCAGAAAGGGGACGACCGAGAAGCCCGAGGCAACCGCUUAGCGGACGCCACUGCUCGAGGGGCCGCGAUGGAAAAGAAACCAGACACCUCCCAGCUUCUUCCCCUAAAGUCAACCGAACCUGAGACUCAGAAAUGGGUGCUGGAGGGAAAGCCCGUGUGGCCACAACAGAUGACCCAUUGCCUAGUCAGUUACCUCCAUAAGCUAACCCAUCUGGGUUACAGAAAAAUGAAGACCCUCCUCGCAAGGGAGGAAGACACCCAUUACUUACUAGGAAAGGACAAAAUUCUGCAACAAGUGACUGAAAAUUGCUCGGCAUGUGCCCAAGUCAACGCAGGUUCCCAUAAAUUGGGCUCAGGAAUCAGGGCACGGGGACACCGGCCCGGCACUCAUUGGGAAGUGGACUUCACUGAGGUAACACCUGGACUUUACGGAUACCGGUAUCUGCUGGUAUUUGUGGACACCUUCUCUGGAUGGGUAGAGGCCUACCCCACUAAGCACAAAACAGCCAGGGUAGUCGCCAAGAAACUCCUGGACGAGAUUUUCCCAAGGUACGGUAUGCCGCAAGUCGUAGGCUCGGAUAAUGGCCCGGCCUUCGUCUCCCAGGUAAGUCAGUUGGUGGCCACCUUGCUGGGGAUUGAUUGGAAGUUACAUUGCGCAUACCGACCCCAGAGUUCAGGGCAGGUAGAACGCAUGAAUAGGACCAUUAAGGAGACUUUGACCAAAUUAACGCUUGCAGCUGGCACUAGAGACUGGGUGACCCUUCUUCCCCUAGCUCUGUACCGAGCCAGAAAUACUCCAGGCUCCCACGGACUCACUCCUUUCGAGAUUUUGUAUGGCGCCCCCCCCCACCUGCGGUUCACUUCCUGGAUUCUGAUUGGUGACUUUGCCCCUACCCCAUCUCUCCAAGCCCAUUUACAGGCCCUCCAGAUCGUCCAACGGGAGGUGUGGAGACCCCUGGCAGCCGCGUACCGAGAGCAGCUCGAGCGUCCCGUGGUGCCACAUAAUUUCCAGAUUGGGGAUUCCGUAUGGGUGAGGCGCCACCAAACCAAGAACCUUGAGCCCCGCUGGAAAGGACCCUAUACGGUUCUGCUGACUACUCCCACCGCACUCAAAGUUGACGGGAUCGCCGCUUGGGUCCACGCAUCCCACGUCAAGGCCGCCGCCCCUGGAGAAGACAAACACCCCAUUCCCACUUCAGGAUGGCAGUUGCAUCGCACUCAAAACCUGCUAAAGAUAAGACUAACCCGCCACCACCCUUGA